UUGAUUAUAUAUCUAAUUAUUUUACUUACCUCAUAAUUAAUAUUUUAUUAUUCAUAUAUAUAUUUUAUUACUGAUUAUCCUUAAUUAUAUCAUAUACAGUAUAUAUAUAUCUCUUUUUCUCCCUAUUACUGAUCUCCAUAAUUAUAUUCAGUAUGUCUCAGGACAACAUCCAAACUACCACAGAAAAAGUCAAUCCAGACGCUUUGCAGUCUUUAGUGGACGCUUCAGUGUCCAAAUCAUUACAAAAUGCAGUUUCCACUCUGCAAGAAUCUUUUGAAAAAUCAUUAGCUAAUAUUAUGGCUCGCUCUGGCAAUAUGACUCCUGGGGUUCUACCUCCUAUUACCCCUUCCGACCAUUACUGGUCUCCUGCCGAAUCGGUAUCUCAUAUGGCAAAAGGUUUUAAAGGUCCUGGCAAAGUUAAAUCAAAAAAGCGCCAUACCUCAAUUGAAGAACCUUAUCCCUCUAAAGGUGUACAACACACUUCAGGGACUCGCCAUGAGACUAAUACCGCUCAUGCUCCAGGUUCCAAACCAGAACCAUCUAAUAGUGGUUCAAAGAAACCACUUUCCUCACCCUCCACCAGAGAGGAAGUCCAGCCUGUCAAGGCUUCUACAUUUAGAGCGAAGCCAGACUCCUACCGAAUUCAGUCUUCUGAGGAAUCGGACGAUUCCGACAUUCAAGAUGUUCAGGAGAUUUUAUAUUGUUCGGAGGACAGUGACUCGGAUCACGAUGACCCUGCUUUGCAGGAAGACACUACAGUGACACAUCCUGGGGAUUCAUACUUUGAUCCCGCUUUAAUUUGCCACCCACGCUCAGGCGAAUGGCUUCCAAAUUCUAGAAUUGCCGAAUUCUUAGCACUAAGAGCUAAUAAACCUUUAGAUCGUCCAUCUCGUAGCAAAUUGAAGGCAGAAUGCCCUCGCCCUUCUUUGCCUAAUAAUUCCUCGGCUACUCCGGAGUUGGACCCACUCCUGGCGAAAUUCUUGUUUAAAACAGGAAAAAACCCAAAGAAGGGAGUAGACCGUAGCUUUAAGUCCUGUCAGGACAAAUUAAUGGACCUUCUGGGUCCACUUUCUAAAAUUAUGGACAUGGCUGAUGAGGCAUCCGCCUCCAAUUCUACUGUUGAUACCGAAACCCUUAAAGGGUGGAUUCAACGAGCAAUAUGUCUAUUCGGCAACGCUAAUGCCGCUCUCUCCACUGAGAGGAAAAGGUCUAUUCUCAUGAAGAUUGACCCACAAUUGACCAAUCUGGCUACUGCCGAACCGGCCAACCCCACCAAUGGCAUGCUUUUUGGUGAGGAUUUCAUCAGAGAACUAAAUAAAUAUGUGGGUCUUUUUUCCUCGCUUAAUAAAGCGCAAGUUUCUAUGAAGAAAGUGUUCUCAAGCAGAAUUUUUGGGAGGGCCGGAAAAGGUCGGGGCCGAUUUUCCGGCCGGUCAUCCCAGCAUAGAGCUUAUAGAGGCCCCUAUUCCAACCCAUCAGUACAAUUCGCAGCUCCACCCUCUGCUCCCUCCCCAUUUUUCCCUUACAGGUCCAGACCAUGGCGCUCCAGAGGCCAAAGAGGUUAUCCUCGCUCCAGACCUCCCACAGUUCAACAAUGAUCCCUUCAUCUUCUACUGUUAUGACGAUUUUCAUCGAUGGAGUUCCUUAUUGCAUUCCGAUUCACAUUGGUUUUUUCUUGUUCUACGACUACCUGUUACCAAUUGUUCCUGUCUACUUCGCAAAGAAGAAGGAAGUUAUCUAUAUGACAGUUAUUGAUAUCUGCUGUACUGUCGCCUGAUUGGUCGAGGCCAUGAUCAUCAUUCUAGGUUGCAUCCUAGUAUCCUGAUGUUUAUUUACACUUUAUUUAUAUAAAAAAUUUCUAUGAUACUUCCAUUACUUAUAUGCUGCUGAGUUUAGUAAAGAAGUUUAAAA